AGCCCGGUCAUCGCAUCACAUCAACAAGUCACUUCAGUCUCUCAACAAGACAACAUCUCCACACCUCAAAAAAAAACUUCCAAAGAAAAGCCGAAGCCGCCUAACUUCAACAUGAACUUCAAGUGCACCGUAGCCGUGUUCCUUCUGAUGGUAGUGUUGAUGUUCGCCACGGACUCCACGAACGGCUUCAGAAAACCACCUUUCAACGGCAGCAUCUUCGGAAAGCGAACCAUUUCUUAUCCGGAGUACGAAAACCCCGGAAAGACAAUUUACACCAUGUGCGAGAUCGCGUCAGACGCAUGCCAGAAUUGGUUCCCCACAUCCGUAGAGAAGAAGUGAAUCGCCCGCACCUCCGCCAAGUAGAAAGCGAAACGUCAACCUGCGACGUUUCAAAUCCAGUAGUCGAAAAUAUGUAGUCGAAUGAACCGUGUUUUGGUAUUUUUUUUUUCUAAUAAAACGCUUGUCUGAUAUAAAUCAAAAA